CCCCCCCACAGCGCAUCAAAGCGGCGUCGAACCGGCGAUGGGAGGGAGCCCGGAUGCAGUUUUGCACUUGAAGACCCCCAGAACUGGCCUCGCGCUUCGGCUUCGAACGAGACCUGUUGUGGCGCGCGCGGAUGACCUCGCAGCAAAUGUUUAGAUGAAAUUCUCUCCCUUCCCCUUCCACGCAGGCCCGGCUGGCCCAGAUCCGCUCCACGUGGAUGGAUCCCACCACCGUGGGAAGUGCACGCGCGGAACACAAAGCCCGUGCUCGCCCGAGCAGCCCGUUCCUCUCAGGGAGAUUCCCCCCGGCGUUCUGAAACAACCUCCGCACCCGGACUUGGCUUCAGGACCCCUCGCGGAGGACACGAGGACAACUGCAAUGUGAUUCGCGCUUACGCCACAGACCCGCUUUAUUUGGGGUGGGGGUGGGAGGGGGUCUUUUUGUUGUUGUUGUUGUUGCUUUUGCUACGAUCCGGAUUGUUCUGCGACGUGAGCCCCUUUUGUGUCCGACGGGGCUUGAAGAGAGAGAGAGAGAAGGGGGGGCGGGGGGGGGGGCUUUGCCCUGCAGCCGGCUGUCGCGGCCAGCUGCUCCGUGGGGCCGGGCAGCGAUGGCAGCCGGUCGCCCGCAGCCGCCCGAGAACGGCUUCGCGCCGCUCGAUCAGCCGGCGCCGAGGCUGCUGCCGCACGUCGACGCCUCGGUUCUGCCGUCCCUCGGGGGGUUCGGCAGGCACCAGAAGCAGCUCGUCGUCCUGACCUGGAUCCCGGCAUUGUUCAUCGGCUUUAGCCAGUUCUCGGAUUAUUUCCUCCUGGCGCAGCCCAACGGCACAUGUUUGCAACCUUCGGCGAACGGCAGCCAGUGGACCUCGGCGCCCAACCCGCUCGGCGGCACCGACGACGUGCCGGCGCUUCAGCCGCAAGUCAACGGCACCGGGGCUGAAGACGGCGACGGCGACGGUCUGCCAUGCGCCUGCGAGGAGAGGACACUGGAGCUGCACACGGGACUUAGCCAGAAUGUGGUUACCAAGUGGAACCUGGUGUGUGACUCAGCCUGGAAGGUCCAUAUUGCCAAAUUUUCAUUGCUCGUGGGCUCAAUAUUUGGCUACCUAGUGAUGGGUGUGAUGGCCGACUGGUUCGGUCGACACCCGGUGUUGAUUCUCUCUGUGCUCUUCAUGCUGGUGUUUGGUUUGAGUGUUGCCUUCUCUAUAAAUGUCACCAUGUUCAGCACCUUGCGCUUCUUUGAGGGUUUCUGCUUGGCGGGCCUCGCUCUCUCUCUCUACGUGCUCAGGGUCGAGCUUUGCUUGCCGGCCUGGCGUUUCUCCAUGACCAUGGUGGCCAGUUUCCUGAUGGUCGGAGGGCAGCUACUGAUGCCCGGGGUGGCCGCUUUAUGCCGCAAUUGGCCGGACCGAGAUGACUGGCAGGUCCUGCAGAUCGUAAUCAUCAGUCCUUUCGUGUUGAUGCUGCCCUACGUGUGGAUUUUUCCUGAAUCGUUCCGCUGGCUGUUGACCACCCAGCACUACAGACGCUCUAAAGCUAUGAUGCUGCGCAUUGCAAGAAGGAACCAAGUUGACAUGGCGACUGAACCUAGCAGAGUUCUUUCAGCAGAGCUGGAGCAGGAGCUGCACAAGAAACCUCAGCGGACCUGCAUCGUGAAGAUGAUGAGCACCAGGAACCUGUGGAAAAACAUCGUGGUGCUGUGUGUCAACUCGUUGACGGGCUACGGGAUACACCACUGCUUCGCUCGAAGUCUGAUGGAUCCGGAAGCCCAGCCCACCGCUUUGUGCCACACGGACUACUAUACCAUGGCUGGCAUCGCCGUGGCGACGUGCAUGGCACUGUGCCCCAUGGUCGGGCUGAUGGGCCGACGCGGAGGCCUUCUUACCUUCAUGAUCAUCACAGCCCUCGCCUCGCUCCUGCAGCUGGGCUUGCUCAAUUUGAUUGGAAAGUACAGCCUUCGCUAUGACACAGUUCUGCGGGACAGUCUGAAGAGGAAAUUCUCUGUGGCCUUCUCCAUCAUUGGCAUGUUCUCGUCUCAUGCUGUCAGCACCCUCAGCAUUUUCUUUUGCGCUGAAAUCACACCGACAGUCAUCAGGGGUGGAGGUCUGGGUCUGGUCUUGGCCAGCGCCGGCUUCGGCAUGCUGACGGCUCCCAUCAUGGAGUUGCACAACCAGAAGGGCUACUUCCUGCAUCAUGUGAUCUUCGCUUGCUGCACGCUGCUGUGCAUCAUCUGCCUGCUGCUGCUCCCCGAACCGCGGGACCAGCCGCUGCCCGAGACCCUGGCCGACGGAGAGACAUUCACCCGCCAAACCUUGCUCCAUCCGGGCGAGCAGCACCUUCUUCUGGCCAAGAGCGACAGGGACUACUCGCGCGUCCACGAUACCCCGCUUCACCUGUCCGCCACGGGCGGCGCUACCGUAGCAGCGGCCACCGCUCUGGCAGCGGUACCCGCCUCCUACUCCUUGGCGACCGGUGGCGAGGUGAUUGGCAACCACGCGAUGGCCAAUGGCGUUUGAGCACAACUGCACUGACUUCCUCGGCAAUGAGCAGGACUGGAAGGCCAUUUUGAACUUGGGAUUCAACCACUUUUGUUAGGAACCAGAUGAUGUUGAUCAAGGUAAAUUUGUCACUUGUUGUAAAAUUUGUCAUUCAAGAAUUGCCAAAAUAUUUGACAUGACUUGUAUUUCUCAAAAGACUCCUGUGGUGCACUGCUCUCGACUCUGUUCUUUGAGGCUUUUUCCCAGGUCAGAGGAGCUGAUGAAGGCAAAUGAAGCAGCGGUUGCCGUCUUCUAAAUAUUAUUUUGCACUACAAAUAGUGAUGGAAAGAUGAAGCUUCAAAUUUGCUUUAUGAACCAGUUGCAUUUUUUCACUCCUCUCUGUGGCACCGUUGGUGUAAUUAAGGGAUUUUAGAAAUGUGUUAUCAGCUCACUGUUGAACAGAGUGCGCCACCUCGAGGAGUCCAAAAAAUAUAACAACUGGUUCAUAAAGCUCCAUUUUCCAAUCACUAACUGCAAGUCGAGAGACACAAUCAAGCAUCUGUGUUUUUCAGCCAACACAUUGCAGAGAUAGGGAUCGGCUCAAACACGAUCACUGUUUUGCAUGAACGGGCACAAAGUCCUACAUGUUAUUUUUCUUAACGGUGGCACUUUAUCCUCCGAACCCAAGUCAGUGUAGACGCUGAUUUUAAAAGUAAGCAUGACAGUGGUUGGUGAAGGUGUAUGAUGGUUGCGUGAGCAACCGGAGACCUUGGCACACCGUGUAUGCGUGUGCACCCAUUAGAGACUGCAGCUAAUGCUAAAAAGACGUGAGCGUUGAAUGGACUUUGAAGUUUUCUUCGAUUAAGUCUUAUGAUGCGUCUCAACACUUGAAAUGGCUUUAUCCGUUGUUUUCGAUAUUUUGUCAUGCUGCCCAAUUUCACUUGCAAAUGUCCUGUUCCAUGUCUCACGCUGUGUCCCCUGUACCGUGGUAACAAUGUAGUCCUGCUCCUAUGAUAAAACUAGCCAAAAAAGCACAAUGACAAAAAUCAAGGCAAGUGAUGAUUAGAAUAGAGCAGUUUGCCUAAAACAGGGUUGGCUGUUGUUAGAAUACUUAGUGUUCAUGUUCCAUUCAAGAAUUAUGUGUGAUACACUUAUUCACCUGACAGUUAUUAUAGUCGAAGCACCUUAUAUAGUGACAUUAAAUAUUUUGUCUCACUACUACAGACAGAAUUGUAGGAUCCAACAUCUUCCUUGUACUUCUUGAGCAUGUAUUGUAUUUUGGAAAGGGGCAAAAAAGAAAAACAACACACAACCCAGCCACCAAAACUGUUUUUUAAGUCUUAUUUUUUAAUGAUGCAUUUCUACCAAAAGCCAUAGGCUUACAUGUUUUGAUAAUAAAAUCACCUAAUUUAUUGUGUCAAUAAAAGAACACUGGACGUCA